AUGAGUCCUUAUAGACUAUCUCAAGUUCUAAUCAGAAUAACAUCUAUUAGAUUUAGUACAAGUCCUUCUGAAUUGAUAAUUCAACAAACAACAGAUGGUGAUAGUGAUCUUGAAGCUGAUGUAAAUACUUUACCAAAUUUAAGUGAAUUUAUUCCGAAUGAUGUCCUUCAAGUUUUAUAUCAAACACGAGAAUGGAAAUUUCAAACAACCAUUAAUGAAUUAAUUCAUACGGAACGUACACAUUUAAAAAGUUUAAAAAUUAUGGUUAAAUGUUUUCGUGAACCAAUGGAACGCUUUCAUGGUAUGAGUCCAGUUGAACUUGAUUGUAUAUUUCGAAAUCUUGAUCAACUUAUUCAUUUACAUACUCAAUUUAAAUAUGCACUUCGUCAACAUCGUGAAGAAGCUAAAGAUCAUGUUGUACGAAAUAUUGGUGAUUUACUUCUUAAAUUUCUUGAUGGUGAUAAAGGUGAAGAAUUUGCUCGUGCUUGUGCAUAUUUUAUUGAAGAUCAAUCACAAGCAUUAAAAUUAAUUAAAAAAAAAGAACAAUCACCAGAUUUUGCAUCACUUAUGCGAAUAUGUGAAUCUAAUCCAUUAUGUCGUCGUUUAACAUUAAAAGAUUAUUUACCAUGUGUAAUGACACGUUUUACAAAAUAUAAAAUGUUAUUUGAAGCAAUGAAAAAAUUUGCUUCAGAAGAUCAUAUUGAAUCAGAAAAAUUAAAUCGAUGUAUUGAAUGUGCCGAUAAUAUAUUAAAACAUAUGAAUGGAGCACGUUUGAAAAAAGAACAAGAAGCAUUAUUAAAACAAAUUAAAUCAAAUCUUGAUAUACAAAUACCAAAUGAUGAAAAAUUACAAAAUCUUCAAGAUUGUCUUGAACCAACAAAUAAUCGUUUAAUUUAUUCCGGUGUAUUAAAACUAUUACCUGAUUCAACAACACAAAAAACUGAAUUCGAAUGUUGUCUUUUUAAUGAUAUAUUUGUUUUUUUUCAAAAAAUUCCCAUACAAUCAUUAGAACAACGUGGUAUUGAAGAAUCAUAUAAAUAUGUUUUAAAAGAACAUCAACGUGAUGCUACUAGUGGACGUCAUCAACGGCCACGUACAACUUUAAAUCCUAAUAAAUAUCCAAGUGGACAAAAUUUUAUUUUAACACCAAUUAUUCGACUUGAACAUUUAUUAAUUAAGAAAAAAGCAUGUGGAGGUAAUUAA